AUGGCGUCCCACACCAUCAUCUCCCCGACAUCUGUCGAUCUCCGCAAGAUGACUGCUUGGGGUCUGGACACGCUCGGCAAGGCUCAGUUCACCUUUGACACGAAAACCACGACCGCCACCGUCCUUACCCUCGUCAUCUCCCUUCUUAUCCUCGAGCAGGUCGUCUACCGCGCCAAGAAGGCACAUCUGCCAGGCGACAAAUGGACGAUCCCUCUCAUUGGCAAAUUUGCCGAUAGUCUGAGUCCUACACUGGCGGGGUAUAAGAAGCAAUGGGAUGCGGGACCACUAAGCGCUAUCUCUGUCUUCAAUAUCUUCAUUGUUAUGGGCUCCUCCAACGAAAUGGCGCGGAAAAUCAUGAACUCGCCCAACCACGCCGAACCCUGCUUGGUCGCUGCCGCCAAGAAGGUCCUCCUCCCCACCAACUGGGUCUUCCUCCAUGGCAAGGCUCACUCGGACUACCGUCGGGCAUUGAACGUCCUCUUCACCAAGCAGGCUCUCAGUAUGUACCUCCCCACCCAGGAGAAGAUCUACCGCGAGUUUUUUGCCCGCUGGAUGAGCGACCCCGCGCCCGCCCACCCGUACAUGAUGAAGAUGCGGGACCUCAACAUGGAGACCUCGCUCUCCGUUUUCGUCGGCCGGUACCUCACCACCGCGCAGCGUCAGGAGAUCAACGAUGGUUACUGGACCAUCACCGUCGCUCUUGAGCUCGUCAACUUCCCCUUCGCCUGGCCCGGGACCAAGGUCUACAAUGCCAUCCAGACCCGCAAGAUGGUCAUGCGGUACCUCGAGGCUGCGUGCGCCCAGUCCAAGAUCCGCAUGGCGGACCCGCUCGAGACCCCGGAUUGUCUCCUCGACGAGUGGACCCGCGCCAUGCACGCCGCUCGGAGAAAGGCCGAGACUGGCGAGGUCGACGAGACGGCCAAGCUCCUCUGCCGCGAGUUUAGCGACCACGAGAUCGGACAGGUCAUCCUCUCAUUCCUCUUUGCCAGCCAGGACGCCAUGUCUAGCGCAAUCGUCUACUGCUUCCAGCUCACGGCGGACCACCCGGAGGUGCUCGCCAACAUCCGCGAGGAGCAGUACCGGAUCCGAGGGAACGACGUCAACCGGCCGUUGACGCUGGAGAUGCUGGAUGAUAUGGUGUACACCCGGGCGGCGGUCAAGGAGGUUAUGCGGUUGAUGCCAAGUGUCAUUAUGGUUCCUUACCUCACCACCAAGCCCUUCCCUAUCACCCCUGAAUACACUGCACCGAAAGGAAGCAUGGUCAUUCCCGCAUUCUGGAACUCCCUUCACGACCCCGCAUGCUACCCCGAGCCAGACAGCUUCAAACCCGAGCGAUGGAUGGCGAACGAGGACGGGUCUGUCCCUCUGGCUGAGACAAAGCCUCAGAACUUUAUUGUAUUCGGGAGUGGACCACACAAGUGUGUUGGUGGACAGUACGCGUUCAUGCACCUCGCGGCGACACUGGGGACUGCGUCAAUAAUGAUGGACUGGAAGCAUGAGCGGACAGCGGACAGUGAUGAGAUUCAAGUAGUAGCAGCUAUCUUCCCAAAAGACGAACUCCACCUCAAGUUCACACCUAGGGCGCCCCCUUCGUAG